CCUGAACAGCGGUACCUCUAGAUCAUACGACACUGGAACUCUCCGCCGGCUAUCUCAAUACUCUGGCGUUCCCGGCGUGCCCGCCAUGAAGCGACACAGCAGAGAUUCACCGCCACCGUUGGUUGAAGAAGCGCACGAAGACGCUCUUCUCGGGCGUCUGUGUGACUGGCAACGGCGUUGCAGCGCGGGCGACUGGGAAUGGCUGGAAUGGACCGAAGCAGGUUCGACUCAUUUGGAUUCGCGGAUUGGUGAUGGGGUCCCGGGCGCUGUCGCGACCUUGAUAAACGCACUAUCGCACCCAAACUCCUUCGUAGCAUUCACAGCCAAAAAAAUCCUCGUCGCACUCUUCCUCGACGACCCUCACUCACUGCGUCCCCACCUUCCAAAACUCCUCACCUCCCUCACACGCCUCCUCCUCCCCUCCCAAUCAGCACCAAACCCGCCCAUAAACCCUUACCCACUAAUCUGGACAACCGAACUCCUCUGCAAGCUCCUCAAAUCCUUCCGCCGCAACACCUUACCCCCACACAUCGCAACAGCUCUCAUCGCGGCCCUCUCCGAAACCGCCUGGAUAGAAAACGUUGGUGACCUCAUCAGACUGUCAGAAGCGGAAACGGGACCCGGGGUGUACAUGGCCCUCUCGGCGCUCUUCACGCUUAUGCAGGCCGUAGCGAAGACCGCAGCCGUAUCUGUAGAUGAGAAUAGGGAGAGGCUGGCGGUGGUUGUGCGACGGAUCGUAAGGGUUGUGAGUGGGGAUGGGGUUGUGAGGCUCAUCGAACGGGGUGCACCAUCACCAAUGAAUGGUGGGCCGAAGGAGAUACCGCCGCAUCAACACACACUCCGCAAACUCCUCGACCUCGUCCACGUCCUCUCCACCCCCUCCACCAACAACCAACCCGCGACCACAUCCCUCCUGCACAUCCCGGCGGCAUACCUCACCCACUUCUCCCACCGCACCGCACCGCCAACCGCGUGGGGGACCCUGGGUGAGGAUUACACCGAGUUUGUCCUCCCCGCCCGUAGCGAGACGGCCGUGCAGCUCCGCGAACCUCUGAAAACAAGCAUCCUAACGCUCCUCACCGUCCUCGCCCACAUUCUCACCUCACCAAACGACGCGCACGACAGUGCAUGGCGGGUCCUGCAUGGACUCGACGAAGCGUUCUCCGACUGGUUGCGGCAGGGCGCUACCCUCGUCGACGGGGUUCUGCGGAUGUAUGCGGACAACGACGCGAUGAUGGCCGCGGUGUUGCGGGUUGCCGUCGAGAGUUAUGCCGCUGUCUGUGAUGACGAUAACACCGAUGCGCAACGCCGGGGGAAGCGCGUCCCGCAUUUUGUGAGUGCAGUGCGGACGCAGUUCGACCCGCAUGAGGUGUUUGCGAGAUGGAUCGCGCUGACGUGCGGUGGAGAAGGCGACGAGAGCGAUGGGGAGGAGUCGGACGAACCGCGCUCCACGAGAGACACCGAAGCGGCGGCCCUGCAUAUCCUCGACCAGAUCAUCAACGACGACCCGGGGGCGGGGUUUACCGGUUAUUUGGUGGCCUAUCUCCGGUUUGCCUCGUCUUCCGCGGUGUCAGCACCACGGCAGCAACAGCAUAUUCCCCACAUCGCACGGAUAUUGACAUGCCUGGCUGAUAGACUCGACCAGGCUUGUGAAGGGGGGUUGUUCCCGUUUGAUGCGCGGGUGUUGGUGAGGAGGGUGAGGCGGGUCGUGAUUGGGUGGGUGGAGUCUGGUUUGGUGCGUGCGGAAUCAGAAUAGCGAAAUAGAUGUAGUGAGAUAGAGACGAGCGCGAGAUGUG